AUAUAUACAGCUCUGCUCACCAAGAUUUUGUCACAGCCAUCCAGCUUGCAGAAGUCUCUUGAGGAGUUCGGCUCUCACCAUAUUAUACUCAAUCAACAUGAAGUUACUGGCAACUAUCUGUAUGCUCGCUGUCGGCGUCAGCGCACAGGUUGGGUACUCCGGGAUCGUGAGUCCCACUGGUGCCAAUACUCAGUUUUCUCACGAAUUCGCUGCUAACAUCGUUUUGAUUGGACCUUCUGGCAUUGUCACCGCUAAUGGAGAAAACCGACAAUUGACUGCCGGUGAGGCUCAACUUCACGCCGGCGCCCACCCAGUGCCUGUACCUCAUUAUGUGGCCCAAAAUUUUGUAUACGGUCCUUCUGGCUACAUCACACCCACAGGACAGAACGUUCAGUACACCCAUGAGCAAGCCGCUAACAUUGUUCUGACAGGACCCUCAGGUAUUGUCUCCAGAGAUGGCCAAAACAUUCAGUUCCCCGGCUAGUUUGUUUCCCGCAAGAAGCGUGCCGUUAUUGGUCCCUCAAGCAUGAUUUUGGCUGAUGGCACUCCCAUCCAGUUCAGCAAGCCAGGUGUCAUCAUCAUGCUGGAAGGACCACCCUCUGGCUACAUCCUCAGUGACGUGCGGCACCCCGUUCAGAAGAGGAGCUAGGAGGCAAGAUUUACACUACCUGACCCAAAACUCUCUCAAUGACUGUCUCGUCUGCGGGCAACAUGGUUAUGUCAUUUGUAUAUUUCUUUUGAUUAUAUGCAAUGGUGAGGCAUUAUUUCUUAUGUACUGUACAUUAGUAAAAGUUAGGUCAAUAAAAAUUAAUGCCAUUGUGAAGAUAA